AUGCCGCAUGCUGAAUCGUAUUCGGUAAGAUACCCUCGCACGGAAAAGUCUGUACCUUCUUAUGAUGAGCUAUACUUGCCUGCUUCAACUAGCCAAAAAUCGCUUCUCAAAGCUUAUGAUAUCGAUUUAUCUGUGCGUGACGGAGCUUUAUCAACUGCACCGACUCAAAUGGAAUAUAUUUGUGCAUUUGACGGCACCUACAAAACUAGAAGGUCUUAUGUUGCAAAGUUAGAUCUACCAUUGAUUGUCAAACCUUUGCGACAGUAUGGAAGAGAAUGCACACCUAGGGAGAAGUAUCGCAGUGAUGAAAAUUCUUCGGUUGAUGUGCACUCUAAUUGUGCGGUAGCACCCCUCAUCUGCCGCCGACGCACUCUGAAUGGAGUUGACGACAUGAGAGGCAAGUGGUACUCAAGUUCAGUGGAUGGAGCUCUAGAAUCCUCCACUCUCCCCAAGAACUUUCUUCGAAAACCAUCAAUCUUGCAUGCUGCUGCUCCAGUAAAAGUGCAAGUGAUACCGGAUGAUGAUUUGCAAGCUUCUACUCCACCGCCAAAGCCUGCAAGGAAUUUCACUCAACUCGAUGCUCUAUCAGAGGGACGGCGGGACUCUGAGCCGGAGUCUGCAUCCGAGUUGUUCAUCUGCACUGCUAAACCAGUGCUGGCCAUGAAUGUGAUCAGUGCUGCAUCCAUGAAUGAAGAUGCUGAACAUCCUGAAUUUGCGCACUUAACUUCAGUGAAAAAUUCUUUUGGAAAAAGCUCUUAUAAGCAGAACACUACUGAAGUUACUACCACAAAAUUUACUCCAAAACGCCACACCCGGUCUUUAUUAGCCAGCUGUGAAAAAAAGACAGAAACAAAAAGGCAAUUAAUGCAUGAAGAAAAUACCCAUAAAGUCUUGCACUAUUGCAAAAACGAUGUUUACCAGUCGGACCUCAAGGAGUACGAAAAAACUGUUUCCCUUGUUCCAAAGGCUCUCUCGGAUCCUAAAGGGGCAAGCGAAUUCUUCGAUGAAACUCAGAGCGACAGCGAUAACGACUUGGAACGCGGAGAAGACCCGGCGAACAGGUUUGCGAUAUCUCGAGCGACGGUGGAGGGGAAGACUAGCCGUACUUCCAAAUUUUAG